AUCCAUUAACCCUAAAACUAAAACUAAAAUGGCCUCUUAAACCCUAAAAGAACCCUGAAAGCCAUCAAUCAUCUUCUCUCCCAUUUCUCUCUUAUGAUUAUGAAUCUUCUCUCGAGAUCAAACCCCAGGCCAUGGCUGCAGCAGCAGCAUCACCAAGGUUAUUAUUUCCUCUAUAAAGUUUUAAGGGCGCUCUCUUUUUCUACAAGUACACAACGGAAAGACUCUUUGAAACUUAGGAUUUCAAGGGCUGGAAAUCCAAAGGUCUCCAUAAUUCCAGUUAUAGAGCAAUGGCUUAAGGAAGGCAAUUCCAUUAAACAAUCUGAUCUUCAAAACUUUAUCAAGCUAUUUCGCAGACAUCGCCGCUUUAGCCAUGCCCUUCAGAUUUCACAAUGGAUGAGUGAUGAAAGGGGCUCUGAACAAUCACCCGGAGACUUUGCGGUUCGGCUGGAUUUGAUUUCAAAAGUUCAUUGCUUAGAACAAGCAGAGGAAUAUUAUAACAGUAUCCCUGACCAUUUGAGAGGCACCCAAGUUUAUGGUGCUCUUUUAAACUGCUAUGCCCACAAAAGGCGCUUGGAAAAAGCAGAGGCCACGAUGCAAAAGAUGAGGGAGUUGGGGCUUGUACAAACUCUUUCUUACAAUGUAAUGCUAAGCCUCUAUUCUCAUAUGGGAAGAUAUGAGAAACUAGAGGCCCUAGUGAAAGAGAUGGAAGAAAAGGGGGUUAAUAGUGACAUUUACACAUUCAACAUCAGAUUGCAUGCAUAUGUAGCCACCUCCAACAUUGAGGAAAUGGAGAAACUUCUAAUGAAGAUGGAAACAGACUCUCUCAUCAAUAUCGACUUCCAUACUUUUUUUGCUGUGGCGAAUGGUUACUUAAAAGCUGGCCUAUUAGAAAAAUCUAUAGUAAUGUUGAAGAGAGCAGAGGAAUUAACUGUUCCAAUGGUGGGCACCACAAAAGCACAUGCUUAUGAAAUGCUCCUUACUUUAUAUGGUUCUGCUGGGAAUAAAGAUGGAGUAUAUCGCGUAUGGAAUUCAUAUAAGAAUACAGGGAGGAUUUUCAACUCAACAUAUAUAUGUAUGAUAAACUCAUUGAUGAGGUUGGGUGAUAUUGAUGGGGCUGAGUGGAUUUCGGAGGAGUGGGUAUCACGUAAGACACUUUAUGACAUUCGAAUACCAAAUACAAUGAUUCGAGCUUAUUCCAGGAAGGGCCUUUGGAAAAAGGCUGAGGAAUAUGUAAACAAGAUUGUUGAGAGUGGGAUGCAGCUCGAAGCAAGCUCAUGGGAUCAUUUGGCAACAGGGUAUCACUUUGGUGGUCAGAUGGCAAAGGCAGUAGAAACAUUAAAGAAAGCGAUUUCAAUAAGCAAACCAGGAUGGAAGCCAAAUCCUUAUACUUUGAAAACAUGUCUUUGGUAUUUGGAAAGUAAGGGAGACGAAGAGGCAGCUGAAGAACUUUUGAAGUUUGUCAGUGAACAUCAUCCUGUCUCGCCAGGUAAGAAUGAUAUUUAAAGGACACUGUUGACAGAUGAAACCUCAUUGCCAGAGCCUUUUGUCAGAUGGAAGUUGAUGAUCUAACCUUAAAUGGAGAAACACCAUUUAUGGAGGUCAAGGAUGAGGACAGCGCUGACUUAUGCUGUUUUGAGAGGAGAACUAACUAAAUUGCCUAAGAAUCAUGUGAUUGUUUCUAUUAUAUUUUGGUAAGCUGAAUAUCUCAUAGUGGACAUCCUUUUACCCCUGCAGUUGAGGUAUGUUAACUAGUCUUAGGUAAAGCAUAAAGUUUCCCUUUUUUCUUGUCAUAUGAUAUCUGACUAUAGAUGCUAUAUAUGUGGGACAAUUUCUCUUCUUGCUAUAUAUAUUAAAUCAAGGGUUGGUUGAGGUUAACCUCACAUAUUAUGCGUAAAGAUUAAAUCAAAUUUACUCUUUGCAGCAUUGUCCUCUUAAAUAUGAUUCAGAAAGGAGUUAAAUUUGAAGGGAAGUUAUUUGAUGUAAUUGCUGGCUUGUGAUUUUUGUUAAAAUGCCAUUAUCCAGCUAUGAUUCUCUAUGCUGGAAUCCUUGAGCAAUCCCCUCUGAAGAAAUGAAGACAGUGAAGUUGUCGUUCAAAGUGGUCCUCUGAAGAAAUGAAGACAGUGAAGUUGUCGUUCAAAGUGGUUAGGGUGGGUUGAUUUUAUUUCUUUCACUGUAUAUUUCCAUCCACUUGAAACUUAUUGCACUUUCUUGAGAUUUUAUGAAUUUUAAUAAAGCAAUGACAUGUUAUUGAGAAA